CGAGCCAGAGAUCCACAGCAGCAUGAUCACACUCUGGACCCUUCAAAUGAUGGCAUUCUUUUGCAAUUGGGCGCUCGUGUCCUCGUCGAUCUUGACACCACUCAAAGACGACAGUAGUCUUCAGAUCUUCAAGGACCCGCCGAACGAGUUCGAAUACGUGUUGAAGAGACACGGCGUCGAGGAGAGUAGCGUCAACGGUAAGGACACCGACUCCAAAGAAAGACGUAGCAGUUCCUCCGGCUUCAUCAGGUUCGGACGUGGUCAAGCUGCGUACGAGAAUUUCGUAUCGGACGGUGAGGCCGAUUCAAAGGUCAGCAGGCAUCCACGAUGGAAACCGUCGGACGUCAUUAUCAGGUUCGGCCGGUCCAGUUUCAAGCGUGGGAGGAACGACGCAAAUUUCAUUAGGUUUGGUCGUAACGCGCACAUACCAGUUGUGCCAGCCGAUCUCGAUCUAUCUGCGGUUUGUUCAGUGCUGAUGUCGAGCAGCAUGAUCAGCGAUGCGGAACUCCACUCGGAUGUGUUGAGGUUACUUCGUCUUUGUAACAGUUUGAACAAGAUCACUGGCGAAAUUAAUCUGGACUCCUUCGAGGACCGGAUUAAUUCGAAUCGUCAUGAGUAAAUGUCCGAUGCUGCUGUGCUGUCACUUGCGCCUGUCCGAGCUUCGAAGUCGCAGACUCACCGAGGUUUCGACAACAAAUAUCAAUGGAAAUCGUCAUCGACGGCACUGCGGUCCAAUUAACGAGCCGAUUGAACUACGAUCAAACUGCAUCUGGCUUCGAAAUACGACGACUAGAAUCGCGUUGUUGUCAGCGCGCCUAUACUUAAGCGACCUUGUAGACUUAUUAAGUGAGCUUAAAUCGAUAAUUUAUUAAGCUGCAACGAAUUUCGGCGAGAAUUUGUCAUGACAAAGUUAUACAAAGAAGGGGCAUUUAUUCACAGAAAGUUGCUUUCUGCUUCUUUUUUCUUCAUCGAUUUAAUGCAAAAGCGAGGUUUAUCGAUUUCCGAAUUCUGCGAAUACAUUUUCGAAUUUCUCCAAUCUACGUAUCUCCCUUUCUAAUUUUUCCGUGGGACGCAAGUUCUUUUCUGGAGCUGUUGCACCUUUUCCGAGGAACGAAAAUGAAAUCGAUCGAUUCGUGUUAGAUAUUGUGUUUUCUUUUUAUUUUUAAUACGUUGAUGAAUACUGUCGGUAUUC